UCAGGUAGGGAAGAAGAAGAAGACAAAGCAGCAUGGCGACUUACAUCGGCCGUAUGAGGUGCCUCUUCUCCUUGGAACGAGCUGUUUUCUUGUCACGGGGGAACAUCUUCAGCGUGGAAACAAAACGAUACGUGCGUGGAUUAAGAAGGAAGCCGGUUAGGGUGAUAUUUCCAGAAAAUGAAAAACAUAAAGGAGACGUAAAACAGGCAAUUUCGGCGGAGAAGAAAGAGGCAAAAGUCCCAUUGAGGGCAGAGCAGCAUCCCGGAGACAGAGGUGAUUUGAAGACCAGAAAUAGCCAAAUAUCAGCAAAAGUUAAAAGUAAUGAAACUGAUGAAGUCCCCUUUGAGAGGGCUUUGCCUGGAGAUAAGAGACUGGCGAAAUUGGUGAGUGUGGCCCGUUCCAGAACAUUCCGGGAGCAGCAAGGCAAAGUCCUCCUGGAGGGUCGUCGCCUGAUCUGUGACGCUUUGAACGCAGGCGCUGUCCCUCAGACCAUCUUCUUCAGCACCCUCGAGCGCUUACGUGAGCUUCCUUUGGACAAGCUGAGGAGGGCAGCGCUUGUCAAAGUCAAGUUUGAAGACAUCAAGCUCUGGUCUGACCUUGUGGCCCCGCAAGGAGUCAUAGGUAUAUUUUCUCGUCCUGACGCGUCUCGACUAAGAUUUGAGGCCAGCAAACACUCUGUGCCUCUCUCACUCAUAUGCAACAACAUCAGAGACCCUGGAAACUUGGGCACCAUGCUGAGAUGUGCCGCUGCUGCUGGCUGCCACCAAGUGCUGCUCACUAAAGGCUGCGUUGACAUCUGGGAGCCCAAAGUUCUGCGAGCGGCGAUGGGCGCCCACUUCCACCUUCCCAUUCAUCCCAGUUUGACCUGGGAAGAAGUGGAAGAUCACCUCCCUGAGCACGUGGGUGUCUAUGUAGCUGACACUCAGAAAAACCUGGAAGUUAACUCCUCCCACAAACCCAGUGAUUUUGGCUGGAUCAGCACGACACACGCUCACCGGGAUUCCCACUUUGAAGAGUCCGACAGUGACGAGGAGGAACUCUCCCUGCCCAAAGUUGAUGCUGCAGCGUACCACAAGGACUGGGCACGGAGUCCAGUUGCCUUAGUAGUUGGCGGAGAGACGUACGGGAUUAGCGUAGAGGCGCUUCAACUGGCAGAAAAGAAGGCAGGAUGUAGACUUUUUGUUCCCAUGGUUCCCCACGUGGACAGCCUGAACUCUGCCAUGGCGGCCAGCAUCCUGUUGUUUGAGGGUAGAAAGCAAUUGUUGAACUCCACGCAAAACUCCGGAAAGAAGCGGAGAACCAACGCCGGACAACGCGUUUCAUAAUGUUUGGUAUUGUCAUAUGAACUGAACUUCAAAAUUAAAUGUUAUAAUUCAA